AUGACGACAGCAGGUGCAACUCGCAAACUCAAAGUGCUGAUGGCGCACGGCUAUACGAGCAACAGUUUCCAGUUCUUCAAGCGCUCUGGAGCGAUUCGAAAGGCAUGUCGAGACGUGGCUGAUUUCACGUUUAUCAACGGUCCGCUGCUCGUGCAGCCCAUCACGUCUGCUGGCGAUCUCGAUGCUCCUGACAUCGAGGACGGCAAAGUGGUGGACGAGAGCACACCGAUCGAGGAGCAGCCACGCGCAUGGUGGAGAGCCGACGACGACGGCAACUACCUCGAUUGGGACAAGUCGGUCGACUACAUCAACGAGGUGCUCAAGAAGGAAGGUCCUUUUGACGGUAUUGUUGGGUUCUCGCAAGGCGGCUGUCUGGCCGGCAUCCUGGCUAGCGCCUUUGAGAACCCUGACCGUGUGCCUGGACUUGAAUUACCCAAGGGACAAGGAGCGUUCAAGUUUGCUGUGGCCGUUUCGGGAUUCCGCAGCCGUGACCAGCUGCAUCAGAAGCUGUUCGAAAAGCCGAUCGAGACUCCGGUGCUGCACGUGCUUGGACGCGCCGACCAGAUUGUCGACCUUGAGCGCUCGCAAACGCUGGUAGACGUGUGCAAGAACUCCAGAGUAGAGCUGCACGAUGGUGGACAUGCGUUGCCUUCCCAGGCGCCAUGGCGAAACUUCUUCCGCGAUUUUUUCGCCACCUUCACGUCGGACCCCUACGUAGCCAACGACCGAUGGAAGACGAUCCCAGGCCCAUCGGAGCGACCACGCGGUGAAACGCCAGUGGGAUCCGGAACGGUGACGCCGACGCCUGAAGCAACUGAGGCGGCAACUGCGGCAACGGCAGCGUCGUCGUCACCUGCGACAGGUGAGCGAGACAUCGACCCUUCCAACCCAUCGCGAACAGUUCCUAAAAAGAAAGCCAACUCGCCGUUCCUGGUGCAUCAGAAGUGGAAAGAGGAACAGGAGCUACGAAGAAGGAAGGCAGCAGCCGAACGAGGCUCUAGCGGCAGCAGCAGCCGCGACGGCGGCAAGGACGGCAAAGCUUCGCGCAGUUCAGACGCAGAAGAGACGACCGAUCUGACCGGGCCGCUCAAAGUAAUCGUCAAGCUGUUCCGAUUCGCGAUCUUGGCGACGGUUCUCGUGAUGGCCUCUGGCUUCUUUGUCGCUGGCGAUCCGCUCUGGGGCUACCGCGGCAAGUAUACGCAGCUGAGGACGUACAUGCCCUACCGAGAAAAGAUCUUUUCACUUCCCGAGUUGGCCAUGUACAACGGCCGUGACCCCAACAAGCCGAUCUACAUUGCCAUCCUCGGUGACGUGUACGAUGUAACCGAGGGACGACGCAUCUAUGGACCCGGCGGAUACUAUUCUUUCUUCAGCGGCAGGGAUGCCAGUCGAGCCUACGUAACUGGGUGCUUCAAGACACAUCUGACGUACGAUGUUCGCGAUUUCGACGACAAGCAGAUGAACGAUCUGGUGACGUGGAAGGAUUUUUACGAGGAUCACGAGCAAUACUUCAAAGUGGGACGUGUCGUCUUGCCGCCGAUCGAUCCUAGCGUCCCUGUUCCGGAACCUUGCGAGGAUGCAUCUCAACACUAG